CGCUUAAUUUCCGCAUUCCCAAAUCCUCCCAGAACUGGGAUCACAUUUAAAGUCGCGCUGAUGCAACGAUUUCCACUUUUUAAAAUCUACUCCCGACCCUCUGCCGACCAGAAGAGAGGACAUUUGUUGCACCAGGGACCAAAGUCAGCCGUGGUCAAGGCUGAGCCUGACGCAAUGCCAGGACAAAUCCCAGAUCCCUCUGUGACAGCGGGCUCCCUGCCCAGCCUGGGCCCGCUGGCUGGGCUCUCAGCCACCACGCUGACGGACAAGCUGAGGUUUGGCGAUCUGCACGACAUCGGAACAAUGUUGUCACCCCUGCUUUUCCUGGACACUCUGGGAAAGAGGCCUGUAGUCAUCAAAACUGAGAGAGAUGAAGAGGAAGAGAGGAGGAAACGAAGGCGAGAGAAAAACAAAGUGGCUGCAGCUCGAUGUCGAAACAAAAAGAAAGAGAGGACAGACUAUUUACAAAAGGAGUCAGAAAGAUUAGAGAUGUUAAACUCCGACCUGAAAGCCCAGAUCGAGGAGCUAAAGCUGGAGCGCCAGCAGCUCAUCCUCAUGCUCAACCGACACCGUCCCACGUGCAUCGUCCGGACGGACAGUGUCAAAACCCCAGAGAACGAGGCGAUCCCGCUGCUGCAGCCGCUCGAGGCCAAGUGAACAAACGGGGACUUUCAGUCAGUUUACAUCCGAGGAGAAGCAGCCAACUAGCAGCACUUCUGUUUGGGCUCCUGCUCUGAAACGUAGAGCUACGCAGCACAAAGAGCACAUCCAGGGCGACGGCUUCAGCAGCUCAAACUCAUUUCACUUUUCUUAUGAUUUCUGCAUCAGCCAUGUCUUUGUGACACAAAACUAAAACGUGCAAUGCAGCUCUAGAGGAAAAUUACCUUUUAUGCAAAAAGUGGGUUGUUUUACAAUAGUUUCAUAUUUUCUAAUAUUAAAAAUGAAGAAAACGGAGAUUUCCAUAAUGCAAAACAUGGUUUCAAUUCAUUUCAGCCUGAAUUUUACCAAUUUGCUCUGAGUGAUGUUUAACUUUAUAUGUUGCAAGGAUCUGCACAAAGGUUUAGAAAACGACGAACAACCUAAAUCAACAGUUUUAAUGUUUAUGCGAGGAAUAUUACUUAUAUAAAGUAUAAGUUAUAAAGAUAUAAAGUAACUACCUGGAAUGCCUUAACCUUAACACCAUUAUGAAAUAGGAGAAAACAAAUACAUAAUUUGUUUUUUAUAAAUCUGAGCACAAAGUUGCAAUGUUUUUUCUUUUUUUUUUUUUUUUCUAGUCAUUUGCAGAACAACCAAACCUCUGUCAUUGUUUUGGCGCAGGCGUCAUGUAUGCACAUAUAUACAUAUGUAUAUAUAUACACACACAAUGUUUACAUUGUACUUUAUUUACUUUUUUCAUAGUAUUAC